AUGGGCCAGUGUGUCACCAAGUGCAAGAAGAAGCCUUCACCCACCCUGGGCAGCAGGCAUGGAGACCGUUACCAUAGCAGCAGCAGGUCCUACGGCCGGCGGAGAGCCGGCCACCGCGCGGAACAGGUGCUACUUUAUUUCACACCGUCGGGGGAGAUCGUCGUCUAUGACGCCAGGAGAGCGGACAGGGCCGUCGCGGAGGCCUGCCGGCUGCCGAUGUCUUCCAGAGAUGCUUGGGGGAAGCCCAAGGCCGACGCUGAGCAGGCUCCCUUGCCGAGGUCGGAGGUGCUGUUCAGGCGCUACCGGGACAGGUGGGAGGAUGCCAUCUUGGUGGGAGGCAUGGAGCGCUUUUGCCGUGACCUCGGUGUGGAUCCCAUGGAUUUUCGAGUGCUGCUCCUGGCCUGGAAGUUCCGGGCGGCGAACAUGUUCCAGUUCACCAGGAAGGAGUUUUUGGACGGCUGUAAAGCGAUCCGUGCAGACAGCAUUGAUGGGAUCCGUGCACAGUUCCCCAGCCUCCUAGCAGAAGCCAAGCAAGAAGAGAGAUUCAAGGAUCUCUACCGGUUUACAUUUCAGUUUGGCCUGGACCCUCAACACGAGCAGCGGGCCCUGCGUCGUGAGACGGCCAUCGCCCUGUGGAAACUCGUGUUCACCCAGAACCCUCCUCCCAUCCUGGAGCCGUGGCUCAACUUCCUCGCGGAGAACCCCUCGGGCAUCCGGGGCAUCUCCUGGGACCCCUGGAACAUGUUUCUCUGCUUCGUCGAGGAGAUUGACCCCGACCUCAGCAACUACGAUGCGGACGACGCUUGGCCCUGCAUCUUCGACAGCUUUGUGGAGUGGGAGGCGGAGCGGAGGAGGAGAGAGGCAGGGGGGAGAGGCGCGCGCGGCGCGGGGCUGAGGGCCCGGGUCCAGAUGAGCUGCACUGAGGAUCUGCCUGCCCCGCUGCAGCCCAGCGAGGACUUGGACCUUUCUGGGAAUUCCUGA